AUGGCGGCGUCAGCAGAGAACGAUCCGCUCCUGCUGCUUCGCCAGUCCAUCGCAGCUGGAAGCUCCAUCACCCCGAUCGCCUCGCCCGAAUCAGGCGCCGAAGUUCCUCUCUCGAAAGCGACGCACUUGCAGUUCUCACAGCCAUCGCGUAUCGCCAUCCCUAUAGACUCACAGACGCGCUUCGUCUCGAGCGGCUCGCCUGUCGACUUGCGCUCCAUCUACUUCGCGUGGCUGAACCGCGAGGUCGCCAUUCCCGACUACAAUGCCAGUGCCACCAAGCUCAACGAGGAGCUCGCGGGCGCCGCGGCUGUCCACAAGUUUGCGUUCGUCGAGCGACUCGACCUGAUUACCUGGCUCGAGGGCGCGAGCGAGGAGAGUGAAUACAUCAAACCUCUCGCGGGCGACAAGGACGCCGCGGGUGCUGGUUCUGGCGCGGCGGCUGCUACUACGGCUGCCUCCAAGCCCACAGCAGCGACGGCGCGAUCGGGACGUGGUACUCUUGACCCUCGAUUGGCGGUGGUUUACAACGGUGAGCGGAGAAUGGGAGACCACAACACGGUGUUGAGGGGGACAAAACCCACGGAUUUUUCCGGCAUCCGCAAGCUCGCAGCGCCCUUCAUGGCAAAGAAGGCCAGCCACCCGGCCGCGGCAAUCAUCUCGUCCAACCCUUCACUAGCGCUGAACCAGAAGCCGUCGCGACGGCCCGACCCCAUCAUCCUCCUCUCGCCAUCCGCCUCGUCGCUGCUGCGCAUGUCGAACAUCAAGUCCUUCCUGGAGUCGGGCCGCUACGUCCCGCCAGACAACAGCUCGACCGCGACGAUGCUGCACAUCCAGCGGACCAUGAGGGACAUUGACCCGGCGCGGCCGCUGCGGUUCAUCCUCGUCGAGGGCCCGGAGCAGUUCAAGCCCGAGUACUGGAACCGCGUCGUGGCCGUCUUCACGACGGGCCAGACGUGGCAGUUCAAGAGCUACAAGUGGAGCCAGCCGCAGGACCUCUUCCGGCACGCGCUGGGCGUGUACGUCGGCUGGCGGGGCGACCCGGCGCCCGAGAACGUGCGCGCCUGGGGCCACGGCGUGCUGCAGACCCAGGUCGAGAAGUGGCGGGACCCGAGCCAGCCGGGCGCCGAGACGGGCAGGUGGCGCGACAGGGAGGUCAUGGAGGCCAUCUGGAAGGCGAUCGAGGCCAACAUGAGGUCCAAGGGCUGGAAGCGGGACUCGGGCCCGACGAAGGAAUCAGGGGAAGGGGAAGACGACUCGGAGCGAAAACGGCGCAAUGGCGUUUUGAGGGUUGACUAG